UGAUAUCUGCCUUAUGGUUUCACAAUCCAUGAGUGACAUAGUCAACAGCUUGGUGCAUAGAUAGAUCAUCAAUUAUAUUGUCCAACUACCCACGAUACCAAAGACAACAACUUUACAAUUGACUAUUGAAUCCUUAACACCAUAAAUAAACAUAUACCCAUCACCACUUAUUACGCCUCAUUGAGCUUCAGGAUUCCUUCCGGGCAAGUGGGCAACUUCACCUUAUCUUUUCAUCAUAAUAAAUUUUCAUUCUCCGAAACCCAGAGGAGCUAGAGCUACCCUUUUUGCUCAGCGUACCCAGAACAAGAUGAUAAUGGGAAGUGGAGAUGGAACAGUAGUGGCCGUUACUGGAGCUUCAGGUUUCAUAGCUUCAUGGCUGGUCAAGCUCUUGCUUCAACAUGGCUACACCGUCAAAGCCUCUGUUCGUGACCCAACUGACCGGAAGAAGACAGCCCAUUUGCUUGAACUUCCUGGAGCCAAGGAAAGGCUGAAACUUUUCAAAGCAGAUUUACUUGAUGUUGGGUCUUUCGAUUCCGUCGUUCAAGGUUGCGCCGGAGUCUUCCAUACCGCUUCUCCCGUUUCCUUCUCCGCCGCUGAUCCUCAGGCAGAGAUAAUUGAUCCUGCGGUGAAAGGAACCCUCAACGUUCUGAAAUCAUGUGUCAAGUCCGCCACUGUAAAGAGAGUGAUCGUCACCUCUUCCGCUGCAGCGCUUUUCUUCACCGGGAAACCAAUGAACCAAGAUUCUGUGGUUGAUGAGACUUGGUUCUCCGAUCCAAUGAUUUGCCAGGAACGGAAGCUUUGGUAUCAACUUGGCAAGACUUUGGCUGAGAUAGCUGGCCGAGAAUUUGCUAAUGAGAAUGGGAUUGAGUUGGUGACAAUCCAUCCUGGUCUUGUAUCUGGACCAUUUUUACACCACACUCUUUGCUUCUCAGUGGAGGUUAUUCUCAACCUGGUAAACGGAAACAAGACUUACCCCAAGAUGCAUUAUUGGUCGGUUGAUGUUAGAGAUGUUGCUGAAGCUCAUCUUAGAGCCUUUGAGACUCCAUCAGCUCAUGAUAGAUACUGCUUAGUUGGGAGUGGUGUCAGUCUUUCUGAAGUUUUGGGAAUUCUUCAUAAACUGUACCCAGCAUUGCCUCUUGCUGACAAGAACGUUUGGCAAUUGGCACGACACGUCCCCGGGAGAAGGAAGCGAAGCGGCCUCAUGAGUACAAAAGCGGCGGUAUGUGUAACUGGAGCUUCAGGUUUCAUAGCUUCAUGGCUUGUAAAGCUUUUGCUUCACCAAGGCUACACCGUCAAGGCUUCCGUUCGUGACCCCUGUGAUAAAAAGAAGACAGCCCAUCUAGUUGGGCUCGAUGGAGCUAAGGAAAGGCUGCAACUUUUCAAAGCAGAGCUGCUGGACGAAGGGUCUUUCGACUCUGCUAUUGAAGGAUGCUCUGGAGUUUUCCACACUGCUUCCCCUGUUUCCUUCUCGGCCGUUGAUCCCCAGACAGAAAUAAUUGAUCCUGCGGUGAAAGGAACCCUCAAUGUUCUGAAAUCAUGCGCCAAAUCUCCUUUUGUGAAGAGAGUGAUCGUAACCUCUUCCAUUGCAUCAAUUUUCUACACAGGGAAACCAGUAACCAAAGAUUCAGUGGCUGAUGAGACUUGGUUCUCUGAUCCAGAACACUGCAAGGAGCUUAAGUUUUGGUACCAACUUAGCAAGACGUUGGCGGAGAGUGCUGCAUGGGACUUUGCAAAGGAGAAUGGUAUCGACAUGGUAACAAUACAUCCUGGAGUUGUGAUUGGUCCCUUUUUACAGCCAACUCCUUGCUUCUCAGUGGAGAUCAUUCUCAACCUGGUUAAUGGGAACAAGAGCAGCACAAUGUCCCAUUUUUGGUGGGUUGAUGUUAGAGAUGUUGCAGAAGCUCAUAUCAAAGCCUUCGAGACUCCAUCAGCUUCUGGUAGAUACUGCUUAGUUGGAAGCAGUGUGCCAUUGUCUGAAGUUUUGGGGAUACUUCAUAAGCUCUAUCCAACAUUGCCUCUUGCUGACGAAUGUGAAGAGUUGGAUAUUCUAAAGCUUCCUGGGUUUGGUGCAUCUAAGAAGAAGGCAGAAGAGGGUUUGGGGAUCAAGUUCAUCCCACUUGAGGAAUCGCUUAAGGACACCAUUGAAUGCUUGAAGGAGAAAGGAUUCCUUCAUUUCUAAUUCAGACUUUACUUUCAAUUGUUCGAAAAGUUUCAUAUUGAUGUAAGUUUCUGAUUUACAUUUGGUGAUCAUGUAUCAGUAUUUUUAUAAUUAGAGC